CUCCACAUUGUUGGCUUUUAUAAUGGAAUUACUGAAGAACUCUGUGGCCAUGCAAGAGCAAAUGCUUUCUUCUAAAGGCUUUCUUGUCAUUGGGUAUAGCCUUGAAAAGUCUUCCAAAGUUCAUAUUACUGGAGCUGUUUUGGAACUGUGUUUGGCAUUUGCCAAAUAUCUGAGUAACUUACAGAAUGGAGGCCCUCUACUGAAACAAUUAUGUGAUCAUAUUCUUCUGAAUCCUGCUGUAUGGAUCCAUGCUCCAGCCAAGGUUCAGUUGCAGCUCUACACCUACUUGUCCACUGAGUUUAUCAGUACAGCCACCAUUUACAAUGCAGUAAGACGGGUUGGUACUGUGUUGCAGAUAAUGCACACCCUUAAAUACUAUUAUUGGGUAGUGAAUCCUCAGGAUCGCAGUGGAGUUGUUCCCAAAGGCCUGG